GGCCCGGAUGCCCGAGUGCCUUCCCUGUGACAUGGACACGCUACCACCUCCUUCACAGUAAAAGAAUUGUGUAAGUCUAUUUGCACAGAGCAAGCGCUGAUGCUUUUUUUUUUUUUUCUCCCUUCCCCCUAUACAAAGGUGAGCCGCUUUUAUUGUGUAUUUGAUUUCGAUCCCAUUCGGUGUUUAAUGCGCCGGCCCCAAGGCGCGGAGUUGAGCCAAGAGCGAAAAGAGGGAGAAGCGGGCAAGAGUCGCAAACUCUUCCAGUCCAGGCACCGAAGCGGCCUUGGACGCCCGCCGGCCCUUCUGCCCACCUCACCCCGCCCCCCUCGGGCGCACAUUUGCAUCCGGCUCGAGACCGCGCGGGGACCCGCCCCCGCGCCCCGCUGAUUGGCCGCGCCGGCUCUCUCGUCACGCUCUUUUGUCUCCGUGGGCCGAAGAUAAAAGCAGCGGCGGCUGCCGUGGGAACCGUGCUGUCUGGACUCAGCUACCCCUCGCUGGUGGCGGGGGGCGCCGUGCGGAGCAGCUUCGCGGGCAGCUCCGGGUCGCUUAAGCGGCCGGGGACGUGCCCGUCCUCUUCCCUCGCAGGGCCGCGGAGACCGGAAGGCGGCAUCCGCAGCUGGCAAGGCCCGAGGGUCCGCAGCCCACCGAGCCGAGCACAGGCCAUCAAAGCCGAAUCCGAACUUGAAUUCUGUGCGGCUGAUUGCAGAGCUGGUCUCGGAUCGGCGACCCCCCCCCCCCCCCCCCGGUGGACAGAGAUCGGCUGUUAGCCUGGAGACGAGCUUUCUCGCGGAGGCCACCGGUUGCGGAAGCUGGAAGUGAAAUAAAGGCGCGCGCGCGCCCGUUCCUGCGCUCCUCCCCUACUGAGAUAGGAGAGUCCCCCAGCACGCCUGCACAUUAGGCUAACCCACAAAGCCUGCGCGUCUUGUUCCAUUCGGACGCCCCGAUCGUCAUCAGUCAUGGCUAGCAUCAUUGCGCGCAUGGGUAAUAGCCGGCGGCAGAACGCACCCUUGCCGCCCUGGGCCCAUUCUAUGCUGAGGUCCCUGGGGAGAAGCCUCGGCCCUUUAAUGGCCAGCGUGGCAGAGAGAAAUAUGAAGUUGUUCUCGGGGAGGGUGGUGCCAGCCCAGGGGGAAGAAACCUUUGAAAACUGGCUCAUCCAAGUCAAUGGGGCCCUGCCGGAUUGGAAUAUGUCUGAGGAGGAGAAGCUCAAGCGCUUGCUGAAAACGCUUCGAGGCCCCGCCAGGGAGGUCAUGCUUUUGCUGCAGGCGGCCAACCCCAAUCUAAGUGUGGCCGAUUUCUUGCGUGCCAUGAAAUUGGUGUUUGGAGAAUCGGAAAGCAGUGUGUCGGCUCACGGUAAAUUUUUUAACACCUUGCAGGCGCAAGGGGAGAAAGCCUCCCUUUAUGUGAUCCGUUUAGAGGUGCAGCUCCAGAAUGCUAUUCAGGCGGGGAUCAUAGCUCAGAAAGAUGCAAACCAGACCCGCCUGCACCAGCUCCUUUUAGGGGCCGAGCUGAACGGGGACCUGCGCUUUAGGCUGAAGCAUCUUCUCAGGAUGUAUGCAAAUGAGCAGGAGCGCCUCCCCAGUUUCCUCGAGUUGAUCAAGAUGGUCAGGGAGGAAGAGGAUUGGGAUGACACUUUCCUUAAACAGAAACGGCCCAAAAGAUCCGAGUCACUGGUGGAGAGGGCCACCAGCCUGAUGGCAUUUCAGGGCUCCCCGCAGAUAGUGGUCGGCAGUCCCGACUGCAACGUGAUAGAGAUAGAUGAUGCCCUCGAUGACUCAGAUGAGGAUGUGAUCCUGGUGGAGUCUCCGGACCCUCCACUGUCAUUCACGGCUUCUCCGCUCCCCAGACGCAGGGCCAGACCUCGGGACCAAGUGCUAGUCAUCGAUUCCCCUGAUUCCCUUAGCAGUUCCCGGGCUCAGUCUCCUUCCACCAGCGGGGGUUCUGGGCAUAAGAAUGAUGGUUCUAGGCACCUGCGUAGAACCAGGAAGCGAAAACACACAAUCCGCUGCUCCUACUGCGGUGAGGAGGGCCACUCAAAGGAAACCUGUGACAAUGACAGCAGCCGGGCCCAGGUGUUUGAGAAUCUGAUCAUCACCCUGCAGGAGCUGACCCAUACAGAGGAGGAGGGACCCAGAGAGGCCCCUGGCCAACAAGAUGACCCUUCUGAGCUGCAGUGAGCUGGUGUCCCCUAGCCUUAAAUGAACCCUAACCCAUAUUCUGAGUCCAGCAAUGGGACAACUGGGGAGGGGCGCUUCUAAUUGCAUGAAUCCACAAAGCAGCUUUCCUUUGGGAGUGGAGUAGAGAGGGUCUUGAAUACCAGCACAGUGGAGGGAGACAGCCUGACCUCUGUCCUUGCUUCCCCAGCCCCCCUGCCUAAGGGCCUGUUUUCUUUGUGCGCUCAUUUCCUCGCUGGCUCUGUUCUCUUUGUGAAAGUGGCAUCAUUCAUUGUUAAAUCUUCAAACAAAGAAAAGUACAAGAAAGUAAAGUAUAAGUUACCCCCAGCUCUCCACCCCGAUCUAACCGUCGUCAUCCCUUUGAUGGACGUCCUUCUAGAUACUUCCCUAUACCUGUGUGCCCAGAUAGGUGUAUGUAUAGAUAAAAAUGAUCACAUAGAAGUGCUGUUCUAUAGUCUGUAUUUUUUCACCAAAUGAUAUAUGUCGUGGGCUUCUUUCUAUGUCAAUAAAUAUUUAUCGGCAUCGA